UCUGGUACUACAAUAACAAAACAUCGAUUUCGAUCAAAAUAAUUUUUAAACAAUUUGCACGGCAUUCUGAAUUAGCUGCGCAAUUGUUGGUUAAUUUUCUUAAUUUAACGAUGGAGUAUUCGCAAGACCAGUCUCAGUUGUCCGUUGAGGACUCGGCUCAAGACGCCCGAAUCAUUGGGCUGCAAAAUCUCAUCGAAAAGAAUAUUGAGAUAGAGCAACAAAUUGAGAGUAACUCAUUUGGCGAAUCAUUAGAGGCAAUUGACCAUAUUAUACGGGAGGCCAAUGACAUUAUCAAGGGACAUGAGGAUCGUCGCACGCUCUCCACGGAACUUGUCCUGGACACGGAGCUGCUGCGGCGCAAUCACGAAGUUGUGGGCAAGGCCAUUCAAUAUAACACUAACUUUACGGAUCGCAUUGUUCAAAAUGCCAUUAACCAGCUGGUUUUCAAGGAGAACGAAGAGGACUGGGACUCUGUCUGUGCCUUGGCCAUUCAAUUCGGGCAUCCCCAUUUUACCAGCGACAGCAUGCUGCCCUUUAUAGACGUAGCACCCAAGGAGCACAUUCCCAAACAACGCACUCAGCGCAAACAAAAAUCACAGGUUGAGGAAAAACGUCCGAAAAAGAGUGAUAAAUUGGAGCGUAAGGACGAAGGUGCUGCUUCAGUCAACAAUACCUUGAAGCAAAUCAGAAAUAUAUAUCGCGAGGGGGGCAAUCAGCCGAUUCCAUACUUCAAAUUGAUUUGCAACCCAAACAAUUUCAUGGAAACAGUGCAAAAUGCAUUGCAAGUUUCCUUUUUGGUCAAGGAGAAUAUAAUUGCAAUUAAAAAUGGCAGCGAUGACGGCUUACCUCUUGUUUAUGUCGUUGCCAAUCCUAAGGCACUCGCCAAUAAUGAGGCUUCCCAGGCAAUUUGCUCCCUAGAUGUUUCCUACUGUGAGAAAAUGAUUAAACACUAUCAGAUUCAAGAGCCCAUGCUUACAAGACUGCAGGAUAGUUAGUUUUAGUUAUACAUUUAAGUGAAUAGUUUUAAGAACUAAACUCAAUGCCUUGUAUUCGUUUUUGUUAUAAUAAAGAUAUUCAGUGGAA